CUUCUAGAAAUGACUGCUGUCACUGCAGCCAACGUGAACUUCAAAUGGGACCCCAAAAGCCUGGAGAUAAGAACACUGGCAGUUGAAAGGCUACUCGAGCCUCUUGUUACACAGGUAACAACACUGGUUAACACCAGCAACAAGGGCCCCUCUAAUAAAAAGCGAGGGCGUUCUAAAAAGGCCCAUGUUUUGGCUGCUUCAGUUGAACAAGCAACGGAGAAUUUCCUAGAGAAAGGAGACAAAAUUGCCAAAGAGAGCCAGUUCCUUAAGGAGGAGCUGGUAGCUGCAGUGGAAGAUGUUCGCAAGCAAGGUGACCUGAUGAAGAGUGCGUCUGGGGAGUUCGCAGACGACCCCUGCUCCUCGGUGAAACGUGGGAACAUGGUGCGGGCGGCGCGCGCCUUGCUCUCUGCUGUCACUCGGCUGCUCAUUCUGGCUGACAUGGCAGAUGUCUACAAGCUGCUUGUUCAACUGAAAGUAGUGGAAGAUGGUAUCUUGAAACUAAGAAAUGCUGGCACGGAGCAGGACUUGGGUAUCCAGUACAAAACCCUCAAACCAGAAGUGGACAAGCUUAACAUAAUGGCAGCCAAAAGACAACAGGAGUUGAAAGAUGUGGGUCACCGUGAUCAAAUGGCAGCAGCUAGAGGAAUUCUGCAGAAGAACGUUCCCAUUCUCUACACGGCAUCCCAGGCCUGCCUGCAGCACCCUGAUGUUGCUGCUUACAAAGCCAACAGGGACCUGAUCUACAAGCAGCUUCAGCAGGCUGUCUCAGGCAUCUCCAAUGCUGCUCAGGCCACGGCCUCAGAUGAUGCUGCCCAGCAGCAGGGUGGAGGUGGAGAGCUGGCCUAUGCUCUGAACAACUUUGAUAAACAAAUUAUUGUGGAUCCAUCGACCUUCAGCGAAGAGCGUUUCAGGCCUUCCCUGGAAGAGCGCCUGGAGAGCAUCAUUAGUGGUGCAGCCCUGAUGGCUGACUCGUCCUGCACACGUGAUGACCGACGGGAGCGCAUCGUCGCCGAGUGUAAUGCGGUGCGACAGGCCUUGCAGGAUCUGCUUUCAGAAUACAUGGGCAACUGUCACUAUGGUGUUUGGGGAGAGCAAAGUUCAAAGGCUGGACGCAAGGAAAGAAGUGAUGCCCUGAACUCUGCCAUUGAUAAAAUGACCAAAAAGACCAGAGACCUACGUAGACAGCUCCGCAAAGCUGUUAUGGACCAUGUAUCAGACUCCUUUCUGGAAACAAAUGUUCCACUUUUGGUAUUGAUUGAAGCUGCCAAGAAUGGGAAUGAAAAAGAAGUUAAAGAAUAUGCCCAGGUUUUCCGUGAACACGCCAACAAAUUGAUAGAGGUUGCCAACUUGGCCUGUUCCAUCUCAAACAACGAAGAAGGUGUGAAAUUGGUUCGCAUGUCAGCCAGCCAGCUGGAAGCCCUGUGUCCCCAGGUCAUUAAUGCUGCACUGGCCCUGGCUGCUAAACCCCAAAGCAAGCUGGCUCAAGAAAACAUGGAUCUCUUCAAAGAGCAGUGGGAGAGGCAAGUCCGUGUGCUGACAGAUGCUGUUGAUGACAUCACUUCCAUUGAUGACUUCCUGGCUGUAUCAGAGAAUCAUAUUUUAGAAGAUGUAAACAAAUGUGUCAUUGCUCUCCAAGAAAAAGAUGUUGAUGGCUUAGACCGCACAGCUGGUGCGAUUCGCGGCCGUGCUGCUCGAGUCAUUCAUGUUGUCACUUCGGAAAUGGAUAACUACGAGCCAGGAGUCUACACGGAGAAGGUGCUGGAAGCAACGAAGUUACUGUCCAACACAGUUAUGCCGCGGUUUACGGAGCAAGUGGAAGCUGCUGUGGAAGCUCUGAGCUCAGACCCUGCUCAGCCAAUGGAUGAGAACGAAUUCAUCGAUGCUUCACGGUUGGUGUAUGACGGCAUCCGGGACAUCAGGAAAGCUGUGCUGAUGAUCCGGACUCCUGAAGAGUUGGAUGAUUCUGACUUUGAGACUGAGGAUUUUGAUGUCCGCAGCAGAACCAGUAUCCAGACCGAAGACGAUCAGCUCAUUGCUGGACAGAGUGCAAGGGCUAUCAUGGCUCAACUCCCUCAAGAGCAGAAAGCCAAGAUUGCUGAGCAAGUCGCAAGCUUCCAGGAAGAAAAGAGUAAAUUGGAUGCUGAAGUAUCAAAAUGGGAUGACAGUGGCAAUGACAUCAUUGUCCUGGCCAAACAGAUGUGUAUGAUUAUGAUGGAAAUGACAGACUUCACCAGAGGUAAAGGUCCACUGAAGAAUACAUCUGAUGUGAUCAGUGCAGCCAAGAAGAUCGCAGAGGCUGGGUCAAGGAUGGACAAGCUGGGACGGACCAUUGCUGAUCAUUGCCCUGAUUCGGCGUGCAAGCAGGACCUCCUGGCCUACCUGCAGCGCAUCGCACUGUACUGUCACCAGCUCAACAUCUGCAGCAAAGUGAAGGCUGAAGUGCAGAACCUUGGAGGGGAGCUGGUUGUCUCUGGGGUGGACAGUGCCAUGUCCCUGAUCCAAGCUGCCAAGAACCUGAUGAAUGCGGUGGUGCAGACCGUAAAGGCUUCCUAUGUGGCAUCCACCAAGUACCAGAAGUCCCAGGGCAUGGCUUCGCUCAACCUUCCUGCUGUCUCAUGGAAGAUGAAGGCUCCGGAGAAGAAACCCCUGGUCAAGAGGGAGAAGCAAGAUGAAACCCAGACUAAAAUCAAGAGAGCAUCCCAGAAGAAGCACGUGAACCCUGUGCAGGCUCUCAGCGAGUUCAAAGCCAUGGAGAGUAUCUAGAGGAGGUCUCUGGCUCGGAUGUGUUUUUGUCUAGCCCACUACUGCUACUUCCAGAAUUCUACUUUUAAUAUCCUAAGGAUUUUUGCAAAAGUUUACUAUUCCUUAAAAUGUAUUUACUUAAUAUAAUUUUGAUAACUUUGUUUAGAUUACAUGGGGAAGUACUCAAAUUUCUAAGUCCUAUCAGUAUAGCUUCAGCCUGCAGAAGUGUUAAUUUAGAUGGCCUUUAGAUUCCAGGGGUGGAUUUCGAGAUGGACAUUGUUUUUUAUAAUCUUGCUUUAAGUAAAAUAAUAA